CAGCGUGAACCACGUGGGUCUCUGCUCCCUGAUCUGUUUCCUGUUUGGAAAGAGUUCCAGCUUCAUCACGGAGUUUCUCUCGGUUUGUGGGCUCAUCUAAAGGACCAACGUGGUUCGAGAAGUCAGCGCUCUCAGGAGGCCGACAAUUUAGUUGAAGAAAGAAGUGGAAGAAAAAAAUACAACCGUGACGAGUUUGGGAAAGAUUUCACUGUGAAAGCUUCCCUAAAAAUGCAUCAGGUCAUCCACACCGGAGAGAGACCAUUCAGCUGUGGAGACUGUGGAAAGUCUUUUACCAGGUCUGGAAGCUUAAAAAGACACCAACUAAUCCACACUGGAGAGAGACCGUUCAGCUGUGGAGACUGUGGAGAGUCUUUUGCCAGGUCUGGAAGCUUAAAAACACACCAACUCAUCCACACUGGAGAGAGACCGUUCAGCUGUGACGAGUGUGGAAAGUCUUUUACGCAGUCUGGAAACUUGAAAACACACAAACUCAUCCACAGUGGAGAGAGACCGUUCAGCUGUGAUGAGUGUGGAAAGUCUUUUACUCACUCUGGAAGCUUAAAAACACACCAACUCAUCCACACCGGAGAGAGACCAUUCAGCUGUGGAGACUGUGGAAAGUCUUUUACUGAGUCUGGAAGCUUAAAAACACACAAACUCAUCCACAGUGGAGAGAGACCGUUCAGCUGUGGAGACUGUGGAAAGUCUUUUAUCCACUCUGGAAGCUUAAAAACACACCAACUAAUCCACACUGGAGAGAGACCGUUCAGCUGUGGAGACUGUGGAAAGUCUUUUACGCAUUCUAGAUACUUAAAAACACACCAACUAAUCCACACUGGAGAGAGACCGUUCAGCUGUGGAGACUGUGGAAAGUCUUUUACCCAGUCUGGAAGCUUAAAAGCACACCAAUUAAUCCACAGUGGAGAGAGACCGUUCAGCUGUGGAGACUGUGGAAAAUCUUUUACCACGUCUGGACACUUAAAAACACACCAACUAAUCCACACUGGAGAGAGACCGUUCAGCUGUGACAAAUGUGGAAAGUCUUUUACCGAGUCUGGAAACUUAAAAUCACACCAACUCCUCCACAGUGGAGUUAAAGCGUACACCUGUGAUCAGUGUGGCAGAGCUUUUACUCACAGUAAGAGCUUACAGAGUCAUCUUGUUACCCACUCUGGAAUUAAGGCGUACAGCUGUGACAUUUGUGGAAAAACUUUCAGCCGGAUAGGGAGCCGAAAUAUUCACCUACGCAUUCACACCAGACAUGAUGUGUACAGCUGUGAUCAGUGUGGUAAACAGUUUACUACAAACACAGAGUUACGGCGUCACAUGUUUACCCACACUGAGGAACGACCUUAUAAAUGUGACCUGUGUGAGAAGACUUUUAAAUCUCCACGUUACCUGAAAGCACACCAACAGAUCCACACCAGAAAGACUCUACAAGUGCAGUUACUGUGAGGUAUGUAUUUAUAUUUUUAUCUUGUCAGCCCGACUGUUUGAAACAACUCUGCUCAUCAAAGUGUGUUAGCAUGUUAGCAAUUCUACUGCAUGGAAAGGCAGCUCUGAAUGAUUAUUCAGACUCUAAUC